AUGAACGCCGUCUUCACCCAGCGCGUUACGGGGUUCCCACGCCCGCACUUCAAGCUCAGCAUCGAGAAGACUCUCCAGAAGCCGACUGAGGAUGUGGUCACCUUCGAUCCGAAGAAGCAUCUGGCUUACCAGCCGCCGUCGAAGGUGAUCAUGAUGAAGGACAUCGGCUACCCGGACGAUGUUGGCGUUUCUCCCGUUGCUGUGUCUCAGCCCUUCCAGCUCUUUUCGCCCGAGGCCAUCCAGGCAAUGCGAGCGGAGAUCUUCAAGCCCGAGGUCCGAGAGAAGUGUGGCUUCAGCAGCAACAUUGCUGCUUGCCAAUUGCGUGGCUACGCCAAAGACUAUGCUCCCUUCGCGUAUGACGCGUGGAAUCACCCCGAGACUCUCGCCCUCAUCUCGAACAUCGCCGGUGUCGAGCUCGUCCCGGAAAUCGACUACGAAAUCGGACACAUCAACCUCUCUGUGAAGUCAGAUGAGGAGACCAAGGAGGAGUUGAACAUCAUCAACAAGCAGAAGCGCUUCUAUGCCGAGGACGAGGGCAUCGGUGGCUGUCCAUGGGAAGAUGACAAGCCCAUCGUGGGCUGGCAUACCGACAGCUACCCGUUCGUCUGCGUCCUCAUGAUGAGCGAUUGCACUGACAUGGUUGGUGGCGAGACCGCCCUUCGUACUGGGAAUGGCCAAGUGAUCCGAGUCCGUGGCCCGACAGAGGGUUGCGCAGUCAUUCUGCAGGGGCGAUACAUCACUCAUCAGGCUCUCCGCGCCCUCGGUACUAAGGAGCGCAUCACCUCGGUGACAAGCUUCCGCCCGAAGUCUCCCUUCCUGAAGGAUGAUUCCGAGUUGCGAACUGUGCGCCCGAUCUCAGACCUCUCGGAGCUGUACUACGACUUUGCCGAAUAUCGCCUGGAGAUCAUGGAGGAGCGCACUCGUCGGGAGCGCAAGGAGCUCAUGAAGCGCCAGAAGACUCACAAGAAGUUCGACACUCGCGGACACAAGCGCUUCCUCGAGGAGUCGAUUGCGUUCAUGGAGCACACGGACCACGAGAUUGUUGAGGAGAGCAAGGUCAAGAAGGGCUACAUCGAGAAGGUCGACUUCCCGGAUGUCGUCGUUGGCUCCGCUGGAGAAGGCCGCCCGGCGAAGCGUUCUCGAACCGAGUAG